CUGAGCGGGCAGAGUUCAACCAAGUGGGAAAGAGCAGCCACGCCACCGCCACCGCCACCCCCACCAGCAGCGCACAGGUGUUUCUGGCCGCUAGUUUGCGGUGGGGGGAGAGGGCUGGGAAGAUGCCUCUGGGGCUGAGGAGAAAGAAGAAAGGCAAGUCCAAGGAGACCUCCACCUUGGUGGACGGAGAGGCUCCCCCAGCUCGAGGGCGAGGCGACGACGAGGCCGAGGCCGGGGCCGGGGCCGGCGUUCGUGCCGGAGCGGUGGGUGCCGCAGCCUCGCGCGGUCCCGUCCGGUUGGUCUUCCACACGCAGCUGGCGCACGGCAGCCCCACCGGGCGCGUAGAAGGCUUUGGCAGUGUGAAGGAGCUUUACGCUAAAAUCGCCGAGGCGUUCCGCAUUGCCCCAGCCGAGAUCAUGUUUUGCACAUUGAAUACACACAAAAUUGAUAUGAACAAGCUUUUGGGUGUACAAAUUGGUCUUGAAGAUUUUAUAUUUGCUCAUGUCAAAGGAAUAAAAAAAGAAGUGGAGGUUUUCAAAUCAGAAGAUUCACUCGGACUUACCAUUACUGAUAAUGGAAAUGGAUGUGCCUUCAUAAAAAGAAUAAAAGCAGGAAGUCUUAUUGACCAAAUAAAAGUCAUAUGUGUUGGUGACCACAUAGAAUCUAUAAAUGGAAAAAAUGUAGCAGGCUAUCGUCAUUAUGAAGUUGCUAAGAAUUUAAAGGAGUUGAAGAAGGGUCAGACAUUUACAUUAAAACUGAUAGAACCUAUGAAAUCCUUUGAAAUUAUUGAACCAAGGUCAAAAAGUGGAAAUUUUGCAGAGGAAAAAAUCUGCCGAGGAAGAGAGACUCUUCGACUAAGAGCCAAAGGUUCUGCUACAGUAGAAGAAAUGCUUUCAGAUGUUGAAGAAAAGGCUACCAAAAAAGUGGAUGAUCUUCUGGAAAUGUACAUGGGAAUAAGAGAUCUUGAACUAGCUGCAACAAUGGUAGAAGCUGGAAAAGGCAAGAACAAUCCAGAUGAAUUUGCAGUAGCUCUUGAUGAAGCUUUGGGAGAUUUUGCAUUUCCAGAUGAAUUUGUCUUUGAUGUAUGGGGAGCCAUAGGAGAUAAUUUGAAAGAGUGAUGUUAAUGAGAGGCAUUAAUUGUAUUAGAGUACUGUGACAGCUGUGUGGACACAUCACUGUGUAAGCAUGUACAUGGAAUGGGGUAUGACCUAAGUAUUCUAAAAAGACCUAUUUAAAAUUUAUAAAUCUGACCAAAUUACAUGAAUGCAGGAAUGUAUCUUUACAAAGCUUUUAGCCCAAUAUUGCAGUUAAUUUGACAUACUCACUUGAAAUCUUUGUCGAACAAAAUUCAAGUAAUUUCUCUGUAUGUACAUAAAUACCUGGCAGUUGUCAAGCAUCCAUAUUUUGAUUAUGUGACCAUGGGAAUAAUGCAAUGGUCAUAAGUUUGAAAAAUGGUGAUAAGUCAUUUUUUUCAGUAUUGUUGUAACUUCGGAUGGUCACUAAAAAAUGGUUGUAAGUCAAGGACUACCUGUGCAGAAUGACAUACAAAAAUGUACUUUUUUCAUUGUUUUAAAUUUGGACUAAUAGCGUCAAAGAGAGGUUAAAGUAUGUUCAAUGUCAGAAAAGUGAACAGAAUUUUGUACUGCAGUUCCCCAAAGCUACCUGGGUGGCUGUGUGUGAGUUAGGUGGCCUUAUAAAUUUAUUAAACAAAGUCUCUCAGUCCUAGACAGAUGGCAAUGGCAAAACACUUUCAAAAAUCUUGCCAAAAAAACCUGCAUGGAUUUGUCCAGACAUUUGCCAGAAUCAAAAGAUACCUUGAAGGCAUCAAAAAAUCAAACCAUAGCAAACAAAAAAACCUUCCACCUAUAAUUUCCUGCGUUAAACUACGAACCCGUUUCUACAUUCCAUGAAACAUCCUCAUUUGUCAAGAGAACAUAGAGAUAUUGCUGAGAUUUCUAGUGGACUUUCCUAUAUAAAUAUAGUUUUUGUGUGACCUUACUAAAGUUGGAACCUCUAAUACUGUAUAAUAGAACUAUGUCUUUUUUAUAAUCUUACAAUAUCUAGAAAUAGGGAUGGAUAUUUAUUAAAGCUAAUUUCAAAGUUAUCCUCUUCUAUUCUUGUCCUUAUUGGUUUGUUGCCAAAUGCAUUUACAGAAAAACUUACUGGCAAGAUCACUGCAAGUUUACAUUGCAGUAGAUCUGAUAUAACGUAAAAUUAGGAUAUUAUUUUAAUCAUUUUGCUUUAAACUGAUUGGAAUUGACAUUGAUGUAGAAAAUCUGUUUAAACGAGAACAUGCUGCCAACUUUAAUUCUUGUCUCUUUCUCUCAUAUACAUGAUUUAGAUAUAUACCACACACAGAUAUGAUGCCUUGUUCUGUAUUAUACUAUUAAAUUCUUACUCCCUCUUAAAAUAAAAUAUUUAAUUUUUUCAUUUUGAUUCUAAUUCAAUUAUGAAUCAAGUAGGUUUUGAUUGUGCUCAAAAAGCGUAAAAAACCAUUUUUCCCCAGGGUUGGUCUGAAAGAAGUUACAAAUGUCGAGCUGAGUCUCAGUAAAGUGAAGCUUGUUUCACAACCCACCAAAUAUGUCAUUAGAGUAAAGUACUUUGAACAUAUUUGUACUACAUUUUUACAAAUUGCUUUAUACCUGAAUGUUAAGUAAAUAAAAUAUUUUCUCAAAAAUGUUAGGUUUCCUUUCUUGGUUUGAAGCAUAACUUUGUAAUAAUUUCAGAUUAAAUCAAUCUGU